AUGACAACAAAGGUGGAUCUCAAGAAGCAGAAGGUGGCUUUGGGUAUACCCAAGGCAUCUAAAAGUGCUAUUUUAGAAGAGAGUUUGAAAAGAAACGAGCGAAACAGUGAUGACGAAGUCGAGAGCGGUCGAGAAAUUGAAGAAGAAAGUGAGAGCGAUUACGAUGAACAAAGCAUACAGAGGGACAAUGACAGUGAAUCCACCAAUGAAAGCGAUGUUUUGAGCAGCGAACAAGAAUCAGGUGAAGACAAUGACGAUGAACCGCAAACCGACUACUCUUUUCAAUCGGAGAGUGCCAAUUCAGACGAAGAAGAUAUCCCGACGCUUCCAGGCAAAAAGAAGAAUAAAAGCGAUGGCUCUGAAUCGUUCUCUAAGGCAAUUAGUGCUCUUCUAGAUUCGAGGUUGAAGGCACAUGACCGUAAAGAUCCAAUUCUGGCCAGAUCUAAAUCACAGCUAAAAAAACUAGAGAGUGAAAAACUAGAGCUCAAAGCCAAAAGGCAAUUGCUCGCAGAGAAAAAAGCCAAGCUCACCUCCAACAGAGUGAAAAACCUGCUUCCUACUGAUGAUUCGCUGGCCAGACAGACACUAGAGAGGGAAAAACGUUAUCGAAAAGUUGCUCAGAGAGGUGUGAUCAAACUUUUCAAUGCCAUUUUGGCGACUCAAACGGAGACCAGCAAAGAGAUCGAUUCCAUCAAGGGAGUCGGACAGACAAAGAAGAGGGAACUUGUUAACGGGAUUUCGAAAGAAAAAUUCUUGGAUCUGGUCCAAGAAGCAGGUAAAGGUUAA